UUGCAACUUUUGCAAACAUAUAAACAAAAAUAAAUCAGCCAUUAUAUAUAAAAAUAGAAUAUAUAUAUAUAAAUCGGGAAAGACUGGAAAUAGUACUCUUUUAUGGUCAUAGGAAAACCCAACAACCGUCUCACAAAAUUAGUUGCAUCUCACUUGACCUACUUCUCAAGACCCUUGUAACACAAGAAAACUAAAAACUCUACAAUGCCCUCUUCUCAAAAAACUUAUAUAUCUCUUUGAAGUCCCACCAUUUUCUCUAACUCCUAUCUCCCCACAAACAUUUUUAUAUUUUCCCAAAAUUUGGAUCAAAAAAGUUUCCGAUAGAAGAACUAUGAGACUCCUCCUUGUGUUCUUUAUGGUUCUCGCCAUCUUUAUCCCCUGCUUUUCCUUUGAUAUACCGGGAAAGGAUCUUCCUUUAAUCCUAGAUUAUUACAAGUCUACUUGCCCAACCGUAUUUGACGUCAUCAAGAAAGAAAUGGAAUGCAUUGUGAAGGAAGAUCCUCGAAAUGCAGCCAUAAUUAUUCGUUUACACUUCCACGAUUGCUUUGUCCAAGGAUGCGAUGGAUCGGUGUUGCUAGACGAAACAGCGACACUACAGGGAGAGAAAAAAGCUUCUCCCAACAUAAACUCAUUGAAAGGAUACAAUAUUGUAGACAGAAUCAAGAACAUAAUCGAAUCUGAAUGCCCUGGAGUUGUUUCAUGCGCUGAUCUCCUCACAAUUGGUGCUAGAGAUGCUACAAUCCUGGUGGGUGGGCCUUACUGGGAUGUUCCUGUGGGAAGAAAAGAUUCAAAAACCGCAAGUUACGAGCUUGCCACAACAAACCUUCCAACUCCAGAAGAGGGUUUGAUCAGCAUCAUUGCUAAGUUCUACUCUCAAGGUCUCUCUGUUGAAGACAUGGUCGCUCUUAUAGGAGCGCACACAAUCGGAAAGGCACAAUGUCGGAACUUCCGAUCCCGGAUCUAUGGAGAUUUUCAGGUGACGUCAGCCCUAAAUCCAGUUUCGGAGACGUACUUGGCAAGUCUUCGAGAGAUUUGUCCUGCAAGCAGCGGAGAAGGUGAUAGCAAUGUGACGGCGAUGGACAAUGUGACGCCAAAUCUCUUUGAUAACUCGAUCUACCACACACUGCUAAGAGGAGAAGGGUUACUGAAUUCGGACCAGGAGAUGUACACGAGCUUGUUCGGGAUACAAACGCGGCGGAUCGUGAGCAAGUACGCGGAGGAUCCAGUGGCUUUCUUUGAGCAAUUCUCGAAGUCGAUGGUGAAGAUGGGGAACAUUUUGAACUCUGAAAGCUUUGCUGAUGGAGAAGUUAGAAGAAAUUGCCGAUUUGUCAACACAUGAAACAUAAACAACGAAACAAAACAAUGGAGAAAUAAACUAUUUCUGAUCUUUAUUUAUAUAAGAAAAAAAAUUGAAUUUGAUCUUAUUUUUACAUUUUUAAAACUAUAGGUUCUUGAAUGUUUAAAAGCUUAUUCUAAAGAUUUUCAAAGAUCUG